AUGGCGACUCCCUGUUCGCGCCAGCUCAUGCGAGCUUCCAUUCGUCCGCGAUUCAAUAUACCCGUACAACCACAUGCGCGCCUCUCUGCCCCAUCUCGCGCCUUCACUUCGACCCGGGCGUCAUAUAGCGAACAGAAUUUCCACAGGAAGGAAUCUUUUAGGUCGCGGCUCAAUUCGGCGCUCAAAAAUACCAAAAUCAAGUGGGAGCCAAUACCAAUUGCACUCGGCAUUGGCUUCCUAGGUGCAUUCCAGCUAUAUCGCAUACAACGCAGAGAAAAGCAUACAGAAAUCGAGAGAAGGGAUGCGGAGGGCAACUUGGUGGACCAGCAAGGUCGCCCGAAAAAGCGCGAGAGAAUAAGACCGAGCGGACCAUGGACCGUUCAGGUCAUGUCCACCCUUCCUCUCAAGGCAUUGUCGCGACUUCUCUCCGAAGUCUCAGAACCAGAUCUGCACGUAUACCCCAACCUUGCCGCCUUUUUCUACCGCACUCUCAAACCUGGAGUACGUCCUCUAGACCCCAACCCCAACGCAGUUCUCUCUCCCGCAGACGGCAAAAUUAUUCAAUUUGGCACCAUCGAGCACGGCGAAGUCGAGCAAGUCAAGGGUGUGACAUAUAGCUUGGACGCUCUGCUAGGAUCUACAAGGCCCAGUACACCAGAGCAAAAUGUGGCAAAUUCCCAAGUUCGUGCUAGUGAGCAUGAGAAGACACCACAAGACGAAGAGGACACUGUGCGCGCGGAUGAGGAAUUCGCAAAUGUGAACGGCAUCUCAUACACUCUACCAAACCUUUUCUCCGGACCAUGGCCAAAGGAUGGGAAGCCUGCUGAAAUGCCGACGGAUCAGUCGGUUCCGUCAAAGCCAUCGUCAGAAGCCGAAGUACGUGCCGACCUUGCUUUGAGUGAAUCACAGCGCCCAUGGUGGGCGCCUGCCUCAUUGAAGACGCCUACAGUUCUCUACUACUGUGUUGUAUACCUUGCGCCAGGUGACUACCACAGGUUUCACUCACCUGUAUCAUGGGUUGUCGAGUCGCGUCGUCACUUUGCUGGCGAACUCUACAGCGUAUCGCCCUACCUACAACGCACUAUGCCCGGUCUCUUUACUUUGAACGAACGUGUAGUCCUUCUAGGAAGAUGGCGAUGGGGUUUCUUUUCCUACACUCCUGUCGGCGCAACUAACGUUGGUUCCAUUAAAAUCAACUUUGACCGCGAACUACGCACAAACAGUUUGACGACCGACACUGCGGCGGACCGUGCUGCGGAAGAAGCUGCUGCCCGUGGUGAGCCAUAUUCUGGAUUUGCCGAAGCUUCCUACACCAGCGCAAGCCGUGUCUUGGGAGGGUACGCACUCAAGCGCGGCGAGGAAAUGGGUGGCUUCCAGUUGGGCAGCACGAUUGUCUUGGUCUUUGAAGCGCCGAAAGGUGUCCGACCCAGUCUGGACGAAGGCUUCAGUGGUACACGCGGCGAGAGAAAAGGCGGGUUUCACUGGAAUAUUGAACAAGGGAAAAAAGUCAAGGUUGGCGAGGCGUUGGGUUAUGUUGAAGAAGUUCAGUAA